CUCGCGCUGAUCACCGGUGAUCGAUUCUGCGCAGAAUUUGCUCAUCUCAAACAAGCCUUUUCGUUUCAGAGGUGGACGCAUCAAGACCCGCCCUCUUCUGACUCUGGCCCUGAACCUGAUGGUAUAUUAAACAAAUCAAUCAAACCAACAAUGGCAGCGAGUAUUACCCAAUCAAAAGGGUAGAAUAGGACGAGUCUUCACAGAAUGCGGGUGGCAUGAUUUGCAUGGGGUUCGGAAAUACGGGACAAACCGCGUCCCGUAUUGAUUCAAAACGGGACGCGCUGUUUACUUCACAAAUACGGGACGAUUCCGUAUUUUAAGGGACGGGUGGCAACCUAACAAGCUCCGACGCCUCGCUUCAAAUGUCACAUCACUAGCAAACACUGACACUCUGAGCUGUGUGAUUUUGAAGAAGCCUGAAAAUAAGACUCAUGCAGAACUAUUACCAUGAUGACUCCUCUUCUUCUUCUUCCUCUUCUUCUUCUUCUGCUGUACCUCAUCAGUUAUAGCGGAUCCUCCAGUAUAUCUGUGUCAGGAUUAAAGGGAGGAAACGUCACUCUAUCCUGUGGAUCUGAGGACAGAGAGAUUGUGGAGAUCAGUUUAUACAGUCUGUCGAAACACAUCCCUGUGUGUGAGGAGAGAAACUGCAGCGGUCGAGUGUGUAAAGAAGGAUCAUGUGACGUCAUCAUCAAAGACCUGACCUACAGUGACGCUGGGAAAUACUUUUUACAUGUUUAUUACACUAAUGAUCAGAGAGAAGUGGAGCGACUAAUGCUGGAGUAUAAACUUCAUAUUCACGAUGAGAUCUCAGUGAAGAAAGCAGAGGAUCUGAAGUUGGAUGUUCUGUUGACCAACGCUGAUAAAGUGGAGAGAAACUCUGGCUCCGGCUGGAUAGUGCUGUGGAGGAGAGGUCACGGGGUCAGCAGUGAUGGACUGAGCGUCAGUGAGCAGACUCUGAUCAUUCAUGAGUUUACAGACACUGACACUGGAUCAUACAGAGUUCUGGACUCUAAUAAUGAAGCCUUGAUCACAGUCACAGUCACAGACUGGAAGGAAAAUCUGAGCGACACUGAAGAAGACAAAACUGACGACUCUGAACAUCAACAUUAUUGGAUGUUGCCGGUUGGGAUUUUGGUUCUGAUGGCUCUGAUGGUUCGGACUGAUUUUCUGAUAUUCAGACGUCGGCACAGAGAUAACUUGAGGGGGGACUGAGGUGGCAGUAGUGCUGGUGUCUCUGCUUCUGUGCAGGUAAAGCCAGGUGAGGAUGAGGAUCAACUGUGCUGACGACUGAUCCGAUGGGACUGCAUGGUCUUCGAGGAAAAGAAGAGUAAAGCCUCACUGAUGUUUACUGGAGGAAGGCUUUUGUUCUCAUGGCUGGUUUAGUUUGUUGAUUC